GAAGAUCUCACUGUCGCACAACGGCCCAGCACAAAAUGUGGAUCAUCAUUCUAAAAAAAUUGCACCAGGGAAGGCAUAAUUUGGAAAUCCCGAUACCCAAUGGAUCGCGCGUGACAAGACAAUUUUCGUAGUGGGGAGACGGUCGACAACUCAUUUAUGAGAUAUCGACAAAGCAGAUAAAUCAGUACAUUAUUUAACUUGUAGGUACUAUCGGCCAGUUAGUGCACAGAGAUAAGUGGAACUAACCAUGGAUUGUAACGUGACCGAUAUAACACUGGAUGGUGAGUGCGAAGAGGCGGUUGAAGAGAUCCGGAAUGGCGGAAAAUACAAGUGCAUUCUUCUCACCUUGCGCGAGGGCUCUUCCCUUCAUUUGGACGAAUGCUGCCGGGCGCACGAAGAGAUUGAAGCCACACUUUCUAAGCUGCAAAGAAAUAAAUGCCACUACAUCUUGUACUACGACGAUCAUUCGGCGGAAAAGGGAGAACUUGUCUUGGUCGCAUGGUUUCCGCCGGAAAUUCGAAAUGACGAAACGGACUUGUAUUACAGGGCACUGAUGAUUGUUAAGUACAUACUGAAAGUGGAACAUCUCCUGAUCAUGAACGACGGAAUUGUGAGCGCACAACAUUUUCGGGACUCGGUUCGGAAAACCCUCGCCUGCGACACCAACAAGAACAUCGUUCGCUUUCCCGAAGCAAACCAUCCGAUCGACGAAGAGGGUCUCGGUUGUCUGUACUACAAAAAGAUGGUGGAACAUAAAGAGAAAAUUGCUCAGAUCGUCGGAAUGACUGGGAAAACUGCAACGUACGGGGAACUCUUGCGGGAUUCCGUUCGGCUAGCGAUUAACCUGCGAAAGAGAGGAGUUGGGCGAGGAGACAUUGUGACGGUGUGCAGUUGUGACAACGAUGUUGUGGCUAUUCCGACCUACGCCACGCUGUUCUUGGGGGCGUCGGUGUGUGCCUUUGACGUGUGGUAUGGUGUAAAUGAUUACGUCAAUAGCUUAAGACAAACUGCGCCAAAAGUACUAUUUCUGGAACCUUCAGUGGUUGACAAAGUUGAACGUGCACUAGAAAUUGUUGGGCAGAAGUGCGAACUGGUUGUUAUGGGAGAGACGAAUGUUCACACAGCCUUCUCCGACCUAGUACAACCGGUACUUGGUGAAAACGAGUUUAGGCCCGUUCCGGUCGUCAGCCUUCUCGAUGACGCCUACAUAUUCUUCACAAGUGGUUCGACUGGGGUACCAAAGUCGCUUUGCCAUAAUCACUUAACAAUGCAGUACCAAACCUUUAACUUCAUCACCACUGACUUUUGCUGGGAUCUCAUCCUUCACUAUUCCACCCCAUACUGGACGUUGUACCCGAAAUACCUAGGAGUAGCAACACUUAUGGGCACAAUGCGCCUGAUUUACAGGGCAUUCUACGAGAAUUACUGGCACUUCGCGAAAUACAAGGUAACAAUGCUAUUCCUAUCCGUGACUGAAAUCUCCACUUUAUGCACAUACGAAAGGCCAAAAGACAUUGAUCUACGAGGAAUGGACAUUAUAAUCGGCGGAAACGUCGUAACCAACGACCAUCUCAAGAAAAUAGAAAAGAUCUUUUACGAUUGUCAGAUAUUUCUAUCCUACGGCAUGACUGAAGUGCCAUGUGGGUUGAUGACGUUCAAGCCCAAGUCAGAACUCGACAGAAAGUUGAAGGCGAAAUAUCCCGCGUCUGUUGGCGUAAGUCUUCCCGGAUUGUCGUACAAGAUCGUAGAUCCCGAAACCGAAGAAAUCCUAGGCCCGAACCAGAAAGGCGAACUACGCGUUAAAACCCCAUUCCCUCUAACCGGUUACUUCCAGGUGCAGCCCUCCCCUCUUUGGGACUCCCACGGUUGGCUAAAAACCGGCGACUUGGCGUACUACACCGAGGAUCGAUGCUUCUACGUCGUCGAUCGCAUGAAAAACAUGUUCAAAUACAAAGAUUACCACAUCGUGCCGAGCGUACUCGAGCGGGCUCUCGAAUCCCAUCCGUCCGUCCGUAAGGCCGCCGUGAUCGGCAUGCCCGACGAGGAGUACGGUCACCUCCCCUUGGGCGUCGUCACGCUGAAAUCGACGCAGGAAUCGAUUACCGGCGCAAUUCUGCGGGACUUUGUCGACGAGAGGGUUGACGACUAUCAAAGGUUGCGCGGUGGGGUGAAAAUUAUCGACCAAUUUCCCACAACGUCCACCGGGAAGAUACGUAAAUGGCUAUUGCACGAUAUGAUAGUGAAAGCGAGUUAGACGUUUUCAUUUCCAGCAGCUCUACCUUAAGUUAUUUCGUUUACACUACCAUCUGAGCUACUGAAUCCUGAUUAUGUCAAUACACCAAUAACAUGUUAAUCAAUUUUGUAUUAAAUUUAGC